CUUAAUUAAGUACUCAAGGCUCUAGGAAGCCUCAGGUCCGGCCACGAAGUAGCAAAGGACCUGACAACUGGCGCCCGACCGUCAAGAGAUACUCUUAAAGUGACUGACUUCUACGUGCAAAUUCAAUGCAAAGUGGCAGUGAAAGUGAUUUAGACGAUAGUCUUAACACUGAAGUGAAACAACGACCGGUGCGUGUUAAAAAGGUGCCUGUUAGAUAUCCAGACAGUGAGCUAAAAGUUAUUCCCAAGAAGAUGGAUUCAACAAGUGAACCAGUGGCAGCGUCAGCGCCCGCAGCCGCGCAAGCCGCAGCAGGGGAAGCUCCCACAUCGGGAUCACUGACGACUAACAUGGUAAAUUCUAGGCCUGCAUUGACUUAUGUAUGUGCACCUCAAGAAAUACCUAAUUUCAGAGGAAAUGUAUUACCAGGAGAGCCACCAGCACAAGGAGGUACAGCUGAAGUAGAUGUAGAAGCAUGGCUUCAUCACUUGACGCUGCAUUUUGAAUCGACAGGAUUGACCGACGAUCGUAGCCGUAUUCGUCAAUUAGUUCAGCAUACCCAUAAGAAACUAGGGGAUGCUAGAACCGUGGUAUCAAAAUACCUAAACGACGAUCACAUGGACUUUACUUUUGAAGAAGUCAGACGAGAUCUGCUGCUAACCUACGCAGGUGUUACAAACAUCUCGUUCGUAGAUGCAUCACGCGAAUUGAUGGAUGUCGCUCUCUCCGCAAAGCCUCAUAAGGUCUCAGCUACUGGAAACGUUUACGCUAUUAGAGAUGCCGCUCUCAAGGUCGCAAAAACAUUCGUGAACAGACCAAGUUACAACGCUGCAGCAGAUACGCGCUCAACGCUCGACAUCCUAACAGAAGCUUUCUUCGCAUUUGGAGCAAGUUUGGUUUUCAAGAAGCGCAUCGUGACUGACACACUGUUGAAACGCAAAGAAAAUGAUCGCGUCGCCAAUGCGUAUCAAGCGCUAACACACUUUUUAGUGGCUACUGAGAAAGAAAUUUACCGGAAUCAAAACGGUACUUCAACAGUGACUAAAGUCCAUGUGGAAAACAAGCCUUCUUCAACGGAUACUUCUUCGGCGACAGCAGCAUCAGCGCCCACCCGCGGAAACUAUAAUUACCGGCGGGGGAGAGGACGCUACCGUGGACGGUUCAACAAUCGCGGUAAUCGAGGAGGAACCACGAGUCAUCAGAACCCUACGAGCAACAAUUCAAGAGGCGGCAACCACAACCAUAAUCACAGAGGUGGCUACCGAGGUCACCAAAAAGAAAGUCAGCGGGCCCACGCUGGUGUGAGUCGCGCUGGUUGCAUUCCUGAGCCCGUGUGA